UUGAAUUUCAUCCAAAAUGUUGGUGUUAUCAGACUAUAUGUCCAUCUUUAUACAGUAUGUUGCCCCCCUUUACAGUUCUACCCCUGCUCAUCGACUGUUUCUAGUCUGUUACAGGCUUGGUUUUCUCUAAUCUAAUCUGCAAUCAAGCCUUGAUAGCCGUCUGAAAACUUGAUUUUGGAAUUACCCUUGGGGACCCAGACCUUGGGACGAUUAGAUGAAACACAGCCCAGCUCUUCCGGUGACACUUUAAAAAAGCCAGAGAACUCUGACAGUGUCUGUUGCACCACCGGAGCACUUACCUUUCCUCACGAUAAGGACAUACGUCUUAAUAUGUACUUGUCUUUCAAUAUUUGAUGUGUUGUUGGGAGCAACAUUUCUUCUGCAUCAGGGCCUCAAACAUAACAAGUAUUUGUGUUGCACUAUUUCCUCACCUAACAAAAGAAAACAGAAUAAAGGAGUGCUUUACUGCAGACCUCAUACCUGGAAGCAAAAGAGACGACAUAUCACUCAUCUUUGAAGAACCUUUUUUUGCCUUAAUUCUGUAACGAAAUCCCUAUCGGUUUAAAGGAUAAUGGAGAAUACUACACAAGUACCAAACAUCACAGUGAAUUGCACAUCAUCCGGGAGGCAUGCCUUUCUCUUUAUUCUGAUUCCUGUCAUUUACAGUUGCAACUUUGUUAUUGGCAUAGUGGGGAAUGGCUUGGUGGUCACUGUCAUUUAUUGUUACAUUAAAUUAGAAACAGUCGCCAGUAUCUUCAUACUGAAUCUGGCUUUGUCCGAUCUCACGUUCCUCAUCACUUUACCUCUGUGGGCCACCUACACAGCCUUGGGUUAUCACUGGCCUUUUGGCAGCUUCCUGUGCAAAGCAAUCUCUGGUUUGGUGACGUUCAAUCUGUACAGCAGCGUAUUUUUCCUCACCUGCUUGAGUAUUGACAGAUACCUGGCCAUCGUUCAUCCCGUUAAAUCUCGUCCAAAACGCACCAUAUUUUACGCCCGCGUAACCUGUACUCUAAUCUGGAUCCUUGCGUUCCUGAUGAGUGUGCCAAAUAUGUGCUUCCGUGACGUUUUCUUUAUGAAAGACCUCAAUUUAACUGUGUGUGGCCUUUUGUAUGAGCCUAAUAAUACUAAUCGCAUUUUGGUUGGAAUGAGUUUGAUGAAAAGCAUCUUAGGCUUUUUGAUUCCCUUUGCGACCAUCAUAACCUGCUACUGCCUCAUUGGAAAAGCCAUUCUUGAUGCCUAUCACGUCCAGAAAAACAAGUCCAGAAACGACGAGGUUUUGAAGAUGCUUGCUGCUGUCGUAGCAGCUUUUUUUGUGUGUUGGUUCCCGCACCAAAUAUUUCACUUCAUGGACAUUCUUGUUAACUUAAAUGUCAUACAGAAUUGCAAAAUAGUGGAUAUUGUUGACACCGCCAUGCCAUUUACGAUCUGCGUAGCUUACUUCAACAGCUGCCUGAACCCUAUUCUCUACAGCUUCGUGGGGAAUAAUUUCCGAAAGAAUUUACUCCGCCUGCUGAAAUGCACACCUCCACUAGUUGUGUCUCAUCCAAGCCUUUCUAGCAAAACAAGUUCAAUUUCCUACCGGGGAUCAGAAAUAUUGCAUUUAACAACAAAUAAGGUUGUUUUGUGAGAUGUAAGGUAAGUGAUGAACAUCCAUCCAUUUUCUAACCGCUUUAUUCAAAACAGGGUCGCAGGGGGAGCCUAUCUCAGCAAGCCAUGGGCACA